AUGUCGUCUUCACAGCCACCAGGAGGUGGCGAGAUACCAGGGUCGGAUAUACCAGACAUGACAGGAACAGGCGUCAUCCCGGAGUCGUUCUUCGACAUGCCCUUCGACUAUGGAACGGGUGACGCCAACAUGGACUUUGGUUCGAUGCCUGGCUUCCCGACUGGCGACGUCGCCAUGUCGAAUUCAUCUGACUUUGAUGCGCUCACCGCCCAAAUCGCCGCAAGUAUGCCACCGCUUCCUUCCGCCUCCUAUCCUACGACGAUGAUGGCGGGCUCGCAACCCUAUUCAGCAGGGGUAAAGAUGGAGAUGGAGGAUUCGAGCAGCGUGCCAGGCGCCUCCCCUAUGACAGCAGAAGGAUCCACGCCCAAACCGGCAGCACCAAAGGCAAAGAAGCCAGCAAAGCCCAAAGAGGAAGGAGCGGAAGCAAAAACGAAGAAGCCAAAGAAGAAGCCAGCUGCUAUCGCUGCCACAGAUGCCGCCGCUACGGCUUCACCCGCAUCUUCCGGGCCUGUCCCAGGAUCAUCCAAAGAUUCGGCCUCGUCAUCGGCACCGAAACCCAAGAAGACUGUCAAGAAGAAGAAUGCAAGCACGAGCAAAGAUCAGCCCCCUUCCGCCACCACUUCACCCGCAGCGUUUGCGACUCCGGCUUCGCCCUCAAAAGACACGAAGUCGAAAGGCAAGAAGGCAUCAGCAUCAAAAGCCGGCGGAAAAGCAGCCAGCAAGGCGCGAUCUACCACAGCGAGGUCAGCAUCCCGGAUGUCGUCCAUCGGCAGAGAUGCAGGGACUCCCGCAGCAGCGUCACGCGUCGGCAGUCAACGGCCGCAGGAUGAAGCCAACGACGACGACGAGCCUGCGCCGAAUCGAGCGGCACCGCAAGAGGACGAGGAAGCGGACGACGAAGAAGUGGAAGCCGAUGACGGCGUCGAGGAGCUCGGCAAGGACCACUUUUCGACGCAAGAGGCUAUCUAUGCUGCUCAGCAGCGCAACAUGGGUCUCCUGUCGAUGGUCAUGGACGAAGAUCAGCUGGACAGGCACAUGGCCUCCCGAAGAGGUGCUCUUAACAAGACGAGCGUUCGCAAAUUGGUCAACCAUGUGCUGUCGCAGUCCGUCUCGCAGCACGUAGCGAUGGUGGUCUCGGGUGUAGCCAAGAUCUUUGUCGGUGAGAUCGUCGAAAAGGCUCGCGAGAUUCAAGCAAUGCGAGGCGAGCAAGGCCCGCUUCGACCGAAUCACCUGCGCGAGGCACAUCGACAGUACUAUCUCAAGCGCGAGCGUCCCGGUCACUAUCCACCUGGCACCAACGCAGGCUUUCCUGGCGUGGGCAAAAAAAGACGCAUGUUUUGA